AUGGCCCACAUGAUCCUGUCAUGCCUAUCUCUUGCUCUGGUGUCCAUAUCUUUACUCGCCACAGCUAUGCCGGUUCCAGAGCCGUUGGGCACAGACUCCAUUUCGCAAGAUUCGCUCCUCGAAGCCUGGGUGGAAGGCCACCGUCCCGGAAAAUACCUGCCUUGCACAGCGGAUAGACUCAAGGUCCGCAAGGAUUACGACUCGAUGACUCCUGAAGAGCGCAAAGCUUACACCGAUGCCAUCAAAUGCAUGGCAACCAAACCGUCCCAACUUGACCAAACCCUCUACCCUGCAGCCACCAAUCGCUACAUGGACUAUGCCGUCAUUCACGUCCUCCGAACAAGACAGGUCCAUCUCUCCGGCUUCUUCCUGACCUGGCAUCGCUAUUUCUUACAUCUGUUUGAGGAAGAUUUGGCGAACGAGUGCGGCUACACCGGCGCCAUUCCCUACUGGAAUUGGCCUGAGACUGCAGACAAUCUUCAUGACAGCGCCAUCUUUGACGGGUCUGAGCAUUCCAUGUCUGGUGACGGUGAAUACCGCGACAGCGGUCCUGUGGUGCUCUCGUCGAGCUUUCAGCUUCCACAAGGAUCGGGAGGAGGCUGUAUCACUUCUGGCCCUUUUGCUGAUUGGGAGGUGACAAUGCAGCCUAUCCCCAUCAACUACAUUAUCCAGGGACUGGAGCUGCCUCCCACAGCUUUCGAGCUCAAUCAAAGCUGCCUGACUAGGGACCUCAAUACCUACGCCGCUCAGUCUUACACGAACUACGAUGCGCUCUACCAGUGCUUGGAGACCGAGGACAUCGAAUCUUUCGACGCCCAGAUCAACGGUGUGCUCGGCGGUGGUGAACUGGGAUUGCACUCUGGGGCUCAUUUCGCGGUGGGGUCUCCUGCGUCGUCAAUAUACGUCUCGGUCAUGGAUCCGGUGUGGUGGCCUCUCCAUGCAUUCUUGGACAACGUGUACGCCUCGUGGCAGAACCGCCACCCUCUGAUUGCAGAUGCCGUCUAUGGUACCGAAACUGCCGUCAACGUUCCACCGAGUGCUGAUGUCACGCUCGACACGAUCCAGCCGGAUUGGGGAUACUUUCAACAAGAUCCAAUUGCCGUGGGAGAACUCAUCAGCACGACAUCCGGGCCAUUUUGCUACGAAUACGACGUUUCGUUUUGA